AUGGGCAUGAGGAUCAAGCUGCACAGCACCAACCACCCCAACAACCUGCUGAAGGAGCUCAACAAGUGCCGGCUGUCAGAGACCAUGUGUGACGUCACCAUCCUGGUGGGCAGCCGCUCCUUCGCCGCACACAAAGCCGUCCUGGCCUGCGCUGCAGGCUACUUCCAGAACCUCUUCCUCAACACGGGGCUGGACGCCGCCCGCACCUACGUGGUGGAUUUCAUCACGCCAGCCAACUUCGAGAAGAUCCUCAGCUUCGUCUACACCUCGGAGCUCUUCACCGACCUGAUCAACGUGGGAGUCAUCUACGAAGUGGCAGAGCGGCUGGGCAUGGAGGACCUGCUGCGUGCCUGCCACUCCACCUUCCCCGACCUGGAGAGCUCAGCCAUCACCAGACAGCCAGCCCUGUCCGUGAGUGAGGGCCGCCCGGGGCCCCUGAGCAGCAGCUCCUCGGAGCAGAGCCAUCCCUUAGGUGAGGCCCGGGGCUCAGGGGAGCACUUCGGCCCUGAGCGGAGCUGCGGAACGCACGGGGAGGCGGCAGGAGGCUACAAGGAGGAGGACAGGAGCACGGCAAGCGCCAGCCAGGCCCUGCCCCUUGUGCACCCACAGCAGCCUCCCAAGGCAGAGCAGGAGUCGGAGCAAGGACAGUUUGCUCCUGCCAGCAGCAUGGCCACCCAGCCUGGCCUGGGCGACGUGAACGUGGUGCUUCAAACCACUCCUGGCUCCUGCCAGCAGUACAAGGUCCAGAGCAACGGUGACUACGGCAGGGGAGGCUUCUUCCCUGCUGACCCUUCCCUGGAUAUGUCCACGGGGAGCAACUCCUGUCCCAGCAACAGUGACCACUCCAAAGAGCAGGGCUUUGGGCAGAUGGAUGAGCUCCAGCUGGAGGACCUGGCCGAGGAUGAGCUGCAUUUUGAGGAUGCCAGCGAGGAGCUGGGGCCCUCAGAGGAAGUCAUCGAGCUGAGCGAUGACAGUGAGGAGGAGCUGCCCUUCGAGGGCGACGGCCGCGACAGCAAGGCCAUGCCCUGCCAGGUGUGCAAGAAGGUGCUGGAGCCCAACAUCCAGCUGAUCCGCCAGCACGCCAGGGACCACGUGGACCUGCUGACCGGCAACUGCAAGGUCUGCGAGACUCACUUCCAGGACCGGAACUCCAGGGUCACUCAUGUCCUGUCCCACAUUGGCAUCUUCCUCUUCUCCUGUGACAUGUGCGAGACAAAGUUCUUCACGCAGUGGCAGCUGACCCUGCACCGGCGGGAGGGGGUCUUUGACAACAACAUCAUCGUCCACCCCAGCGACCCCCUGCCCGGGAAGGUGCCCACGUUCGGGGCGGGAGCCGGCUUGGAGCUGGCCUGCGCCGCCUGUGGGAAGCCCUUGGCCAAAGAUUUCCACACUGUCCGCAGCCACAUCCUGGAGCACGUGAGCCUGAAGAGCCAGACCUGCGGUGUCUGUGACCAGCGGCACCUCAGCCUCUGCAGCCUCCUGUGGCACACCCUGUCCCACCUGGGCAUCUCUGUCUUCUCCUGCUCCGUCUGUGCCAACAGCUUUGUGGACCGGCACCUGCUGGAGAAGCACCUAGCCCUGCACCAGAGCGCCGAGGAGGCUCUGUUCCGCUGCCACUUCUGCAGCCAGAGCUUCAAGCUGGAGGCUGCUUACCGCUACCACGUCAGCCAGCACAAGUGUGGGGGCAGCCUGGAGCUGCGCCCCGGCCUCGGGGAGCGCCUCCAGCAGCAGGGCCUGCAGAAGAGGAAGCUGCCGGAGGAGUUCCUGAGUGAGGAGCUGGCGCUGCAGAGCCAGCCUGGCAACAGCAAGUACAGCUGCAAGGUGUGCGGCAAGCGCUUCGCCCACACCAGCGAGUUCAACUACCACCGGCGCAUCCACACCGGGGAGAAGCCUUACCAGUGCAAGGUGUGCCACAAGUUCUUCCGUGGCCGCUCCACCAUCAAGUGCCACCUGCGGACGCACUCGGGGGCGCUGAUGUAUCGCUGCACCGUCUGCGGCCACUACAGCUCCACCCUUAACCUGAUGAGCAAACACAUCGGGGUGCACAAGGGCAGCCUGCCCCCUGACUUCACCAUCGAGCAGACUUUCAUGUACAUCAUCCACUCCAAAGAGGCUGAGAAGAGCCCUGACAGCUGA